AUGGAGCUUGAACCACAACCACCAUCUGCAUCGACUAGCACCUGGGGGUCCGUCCCUGGGUUCACUGUUUCUUCUGUUCCUUCUGAUGAAAUCACCUUGCAUACCUCCAACCUCACCCUGGCAAUGCAUCAGGCUGUCCAACCAUGGCAGUCGCAGGGUCCCUCUGAGAUGCUGCAUGACAUGGACUGCACAAUCGAUGCCACUUUCAUGGUGAACAAGGCCAUGCUCCGAGUACUCAACACUGCAUAUGCAAAGUACUGGAUGAACUCCAUCAUGAACCCCCUCAUGUUCCAAUGCUUUAAGAAAGCACUUGCAUCAUACAGUGGUACCACAGAGGCAGGCUCCCCCUCUGCUACUGCCCAACCACCUGCACCCACCUCAUCCUCUGGACCUGACCUCACAGUGGCCCUUCAGGACCUUCGAUCUGCCCUCGAUGCCAGGCUUGAUGCUCUGGAGACUCAAAUGGUGACUGUGACCCCCCCAUCACAGAUGAAGGCCCCCCCCUCCUUCCAGACCUCAGCUGCAACAUCUCGUCCAGCUCCUCUUAUGAUGACUUCGAACCCACCCACUUCCUCGAAGGCUCCUGGGCCCAAACAUGCCCCAGAGCCCUUGAGGUAUGUGGUUCAUUUUGCUGGCUCUGUGCUGGCACACCUGCUUCAGAUGCCCCCUGCCUAA